AUGACACGAUCCUCUUCCGCAGAGCCCGCCAAGGGUACCAAGAGAAAGGGCACGAGGAGCGUCUCGACAUUGAACCCCGCCCAGUUGGCGCGCAAGAGAGCCAACGACCGAGAGGCCCAGCGAGCCAUUCGCGCGCGCACCAAGGAACACAUCGAGAGGCUGGAGCAACAGCUCGCCGAUCUGCAAAGCGAGCGAGGCGGAGACCAGUCGCAGACUAUUCAAGAACUCACCCGGAGGAAUAGAGCCCUCGAGGAGGAGAUCUACCGCCUCAGGGAGGCCGCAGGACAGCCCACCGGCCACUCGUACCCCAACUCGGGUAUGCUCCCCAUGAACCUACAACACGCCCACAUGGCGCAGCCCCAGCCCAGCGAUCAACUCGCUAACACGAUGAUGAUGAUGCCCAGUCUACGACGACAACUGAGCUCUGUCAGCGGGGCCAUACCGAGCCCGCGAUCAUCCCCGUUCCCGGCGUCAGGUGGCUAUAGCGGCAUGCCCGAGCUGGGACCCUCUUACGUGCCUCUCCCUGAUGCCUCGGAGUCGUGGGGUCCUGGCGUCUCGGUGCCCUCCAACGUCUCGAGCCCGUCGUCCUCCGCCAAUACUGACGAGUACGGCGGCGCCUACAUCCCAACGAGCAUCCCGGCACCGAUGAUGGAAGCGAGGAGCGUCCCCGCCAAGAUGGAUUAUGACGAUGUAGACUCUGGUAAGCAACGCACGCCAACGGCACGCUGGCUACCCUCUCUCGCAUCAUCGCAGCCAGGUGGGCGCCAACGGCUACCUGCCUCACGAGCCAUGGAAUAUGUACCCGGCCCUGUACUACCAGCAGCAGCCGUCAGCCCACUGAUUCGGCAGCCGGGCACGUCUUUUUGGGAAAUGCCGUCCCUUGUCCUAGCGCCUACCUGCGCUGCCGACCAGUGGAUCAUCAGUUUCACACACGACUGCCGCCGGCUCGCGCAAACGAAAAACAUUGACGCGCUUCUCCGACCUCCGCGUGUCAACUUGAAGACACUCCUCGAGUAUAAUCCGCCUUCGCCAACGCACCCAGCACCGCGAAUCCACAUUGCCGACCUCGAACGUGCCCUCGACGUGAACAGUGCCGGUUCAGGCGCCGCGCCGCACCCUCUGGCCGAGCUGAUAACGGCACUCGUCGAUAAGGCCGGCAUGGCCAAUGUGGUGGAGCGUCUCGCCCUGUUCCUCCCCGUCCAGCGUGUCGUGGCUUGGUUGGCACAGCCCACCCGCGAGUCCUACAACGCCCUCGUCCUCAACUACGCCCCCCGACCCAGCCAGCUCACGGUCCCUCACCCACAAUGGGUGGACUUUGUGCUGCAAGGUCCUCUGCGCGACGCCAUUAUUGAGCGACAGGAUGUAUACGCCACAGAAGAGUUUCAGAACAUCUACGCUAAUAGCCUUCGUCUCCUCAAUUGGCCAGGUCGCCCGGUGGACGCGAUCAACAUGGACCCGACGACGGGCGAGUAUACCUAA